AUGCUAAGCAGUAGAAGCCGCACCAUCGCGAUAUCAGUGUUUGCUAAGAGACCCUCGGCGGUCAUGUUGGUUCCGUUGCCCGGCGUUAGGAAGUUCAGCCAGAGCCCACCCAUGGCUCAAGACGGUGAGCGUGCUGCCGGUGGCGGCAAGAAGCCCGUCAACUUUGGCGUCGUCGUGUUCCCGGCAUUCCAGGCGCUCGACGUCUUCGGCCCGCUGGACGCCCUCAACCUGCUGUCUCGGUCCUACAACAUGAACCUGUACACCAUCGCCGACACGCUGGAGCCCGUGUCGACCAAGCAGAGCACCACCGGCGGCGGCGGCAGUACCAGCCAGCCCGCCACCGCCACCGCGGCCUCCGACUUCGGCCAGCGCAUCGUGCCCACGCACACCUUCCAGACGGCGCCGCCGCUCGACGUGCUCAUCGUCCCGGGGGGCCAGGGGACGCGGUACCCGGGCAUCGCGACGGCCGUCGACUUCGUGCGGGAGCGGUUCGGCACGCUGCAGUACCUGCUCACGGUCUGCACGGGCGCCGGGGUGGCGGCGCGGGCCGGGGUGCUCGACGGCCGGCGGGCGACGACCAACAAGCUGUCGUGGGAGCAGACGGUCGCGCUGCGGCCGCAGGUGGACUGGGUGCACAAGGCGCGCUGGGUGCGCGACGGGCACGUCUGGACGUCGUCGGGCAUCAGCGCGGGCAUCGACCUGACCUUUGCGUGGAUCGCCGCCGUGUACGGCAGCGAGGUCGCCAAGAACAUCGCCGACCGGAUGGAGUACACGCCGGUCGAGGACCCGAGCUGGGACCCCUUUGCCGACCUCUGGGGCUCGAAGAAGUAG